CUGGACUGAAAAUGUUUACUAGCAUAGAAUAUUUCGAAGAUGUGGCUUUAGCACACAUUUGCAAUUCUCAAAGCUUAGCCAGCUCUGAGCCUUACUCGUAAGAUAAUAACCAAACGGUACUCUUUCUCCUACCAAUACACACCUACAUUACAACUCUAAACAUCCGAUGAAAAGGACGUGUUCAAGGACGUUUUAUUUUAUGCAAGUGAUUCAGUGGAAACAUUAAUAUGGAAAAGAUACUUUUACUUUUAAUGUUAACGAGUACCUUAGCAAAAAACAUCGGGCACGUACCAUUGCUAACCACUUUGUACAGAUGGAAACAGAUUGACUUUGAAUAUCCUUCGACCGAGGCUCGCCAGCAAGCCAUUGAUGACAGGUAUUUGUUCAUUAAAGUAGGUAUUCCUGUGACGGUACCUUUUUAUUCGUACAAACUUUAUGUUAACAGGGAAUUUAUUCAAGCAGAGGUUUUCCCUUAUGAAGUAGAACGGUGGAAAGACCGCGUGUUCAUUAGCACACCUAGACUAAAGAGUGGGAUCCCAGCGACGCUCUCGUCCGUACCAAUUGGCGCACCGGCCGAUUCACCCCUCUUACAACCAUACCCCAACUGGAAGUGGCAAGAUGAAGCAAACUGCACCGGAUUCGUCUCGAUCUAUUGCAUGAGUAUAGACGACUGUGGCGUGAUGUGGGUUCUAGACUCUGGAUUACGAGAAUCUCGUCAAGUUUGCCCGCCAACCCUGUAUGCUAUCAACUUAGAUUCUGAUACGGUAGUGGGAAGAUACCCAAUCCCGAAUGAACAACUGCUACAGAAUUCUCGGAUCAUUAAUCUCGUCGUGGACUCGAGGGACGAGCAGUGCAGAGACCUACACGUGUACAUGUCAGAUCCUUGGGAAUUUGGACUGAUUGUCUUCAGACAUGAAGAUGCAGCUUUUUGGCGUUUCACUCACUACAGCUUCUACACUGCCGGAUCUUUCCUGAAACGUCCAUAUGACAUGGAAUAUGACUUUUUAAGCAUUAAGUUGGUCAUGCAUUUAGGCAAGUAUCGCCAUGGUGAUAGGCCUUUGUACUAUCAGUCCAGGACGAGUUCCAAUAAAUUCGUAGUAAAAUCUUCUGUAAUUCGCGAUCCGGAGCGCGUAAACAACUCUGCUGAUGAGUUCAGGCUGCUCGGCCGACGCGAAGACAUUGCCGCUGCAGCUCUCGAACGCACCGAUGUUAUAUAUUUUAUUUCAGAUUUUAUCGUAUGUUGGAAUCAGAAUACAAGCAAACCAUAUAACAUCCAGAAUAUAAUUGAAAGCCGGCUCAAUCUCACAAACGUUUUACUCCGCGAUUUUGAACUGGAUCAUGAAGUACCGCCGACUGGCUGGAUGAUAUCGGCCAACGCUUUCAAAUACUAUUUUAUGUUGAUGAAGCCUAAUGAAUACAAUUACCGCGUUUUAUAUUUUGAUCCAGAGGUGGCAAUUAAAAAUGCGUGCCCAUCUGAAAAUCUUAACUCUACCUUUAAUUAGGGAUUUUUUUUUAAUACCUAUGUAAAAUGAUUUAUCUAGGUGAAUUGUACCCCCAAUCAAAUACCUACGAGUCACUACCAAAUGGUAUAUAAUUAAUGUUAACGUUAAGGCAUAUUGAGCACAUAGUAGGUUUUAUUUUAAAGUAAAAGGGUGUUGUCCUGACAGGCUUAUACUGAUCAGACAAUGUAUACUCCAAGUGUUAAAUAGGGAUAAAACGUAGAGACUGAGUAAUUUUUGUAGUAGAACAUUUUAAAAGUCUAUUUACAUUCUAAGUACCUACGUGAUAACUUUUAUUGAAAGAUUGUUUUGUAAAAGGAUUUUAUUAACGAUCUGUUGCAUUUGACCAAUAAAUUGAAAAAGAGGUCAAACGAAUAUUUCAGUGUAUAAUUUAUAAAUACAUAUGUAUCCACAUAAAUACACAUUGAAUGAUGAAGACUUUUACGUGAAAUUAAUUAUGACUUGAAACCCGAAGUAAUAAUAGAAGACUAAUAAAAUUACUGAGAAGGCCACUUAGUAAUUUCAAUUAUAUAUUUGUACUUAUGCGUAAGGUUUCCUCAACCCAGUUACCGGGACAGACCAAUACCCCUUGGCAAGACUGGUUGUCAGAUUUUCUGGCUUCUGAAUUACGGGUGUAACGACUACCCAAGAU